AUGGAUGAGAAUAUAGAGAGCCAUAGUCUUUCUAUUCUCUUGCAUUUCUUAUCUCCUUCUUCCACUUGGCUUUCGAUGCACUGUUCUGAAGCACGUCUAGAUACAAUUGAGGCACAGAGGUCAACGGAUAUGUCUCAUGACCAACGGAGACAAAGAUCCUUCCUCAUGAAAAUGAUAAACAAAGGUGCAUGCAUGAUCAGUUCACGAGGUUUGCCUCAAGGCCCGCAACUUAUGGAAGACACUGAAACUGUGCCCAAGUUCCUUACCAAUCUCAAACUGUCAGAUCUUAACAACCGUCCAGGUGAAGAUGUGCUGAUGAAUCCAGAGAUCUUUAGCGCAAUGAGAGGUGGAAACAUAGACUUUCUGAAGAAGAUGAAAACCAACGAAACAACACCAAUGGCAUGUUUGAAGAACAAUAAAGGAGAUUCCAUUCUUCACAUUGCUUCUUCUUGGGGUCAUCUUGAACUAGUGAAGGGGAUAAUCUCUGAAUGUCCAUCUCUUCUAUUGGAGAAAAACUCCAAGUAUCAACUUCCGCUACAUGUGGCGGCUGGUGCUGGUUAUUCAGCAAUUGUUAAGGUUCUUGUUGAGUCGCUAACGUAUUUUUCAGCUGGACUACAUGAAGAAGAUAAGGCGAACUUGAAUCUAUAUGUUAUGAAGGACAUAAACGGAGAUACUGCUCUGCACUUAGCCUUGAAAGACCUCCAUAAAAAAACAGAGGUUCGGAUGUAUCACAAUCGUAUCAGAUUGCUAAUAUUCAUGACUCACCUUAUGAAUAAAAAAGUAAUCAUUUCAUCUCCUGAUACAUCAAUACGGCAAAUGGAGUUAGCUGCCUAUCUAGUGAAAGCGAACCAACAGGCUUCGUUUCUUGAGAAUAAAGAUGGAGUAUCUCCCUUGUAUAUGGCCGUAGAAGCUGGUAAUGUCUCACUUGUGAAUGCAAUGUUGAACCUUCCUGGUAAUAACGUCCAGGGAAAAACCUUUGACUUAGCCUCGAUACUGGAAGGGAGAAAAUCACUUGUACAUGCAGCUCUAAAGGCCAAGAAUACAGAUGUUCUUGAUGUUAUUCUAAACAAAUAUCCUAGCCUUGUCAAUGAGCGAGAUGAAGAAAGGCGAACAUGUCUUUCGGUUGGGGCAUCAGUAGGGUUUUAUAAAGGCAUAUACAAGCUUUUAGUCCUAUCAACACCCCCAAAUGUUUAUGAAUGUGAUGGCGAUGAUAAUGAUGGUUCUUUUGCAAUCCAUAUGGCAGUUGAGAAAGGCCAUAUGGAUAUUGUUAAAGAGCUUCUGAAACGUUGUCCAGAUGCAAUAUACCUGCUCAACGAACAAGGUCAGAACAUUCUUCACAUCGCAGCAAAGCGUGGAAAAGCUGAAUCGUUUCUUUUGGGUUAUGUAAGGAAACUUGACACAAAAAAUCAUUUGAUUGAGGAGCAAGAUGUGGAUGGGAAUACACCUUUGCACCUAGCCACCAUACAUUGGCGCCCUCGAACUCUUUUCAAACUUACGGAGCUUGCUUUAACCAACCCAAAAGUCCUGGAUAUAUUGAACAAAGAUGGCUUGACACCUUUUGAUAUUGCGGAGUCAAAACUUCAGUCUGAUUACAUUUUCCGGGAGAGAAUGACGUUGGUGGUGUUGAUGCGCAUUUACGCACCAGAAGCUUUUUCAAUGAUGCCGUUGAGUGGGAUGACACUAAGAAGCAGAUCAGAGUGUAUAAAGGGUGGUAAAAAAUACAAAGACCAAAUCAAUAUUCUUCUACUAGUGGCAGCACUUGUAGCUACCAUGACAUUUGCUGCAGGCUUUACCAUGCCAGGUGGCUUUAGCAGCUCUGCUCCUAACUUGGGUAUGGCCAUUUUGGCUAAUGACCAAACCAUCGUUGGUUUUGUGACAGCUGACACCUUUGCAAUGCAAUGCUCUGUUGUAGCAAUAGUAGCCCUUAUUUGGGCUCAACUAGGGGAUCCUGAUAUCGUUCACAGAGCCUUGAGGAUAGCAUUGCCAACGCUAUUCAUUGCUCUGAUCUACAUGUCUGUGGCAUUCUUAUCUGCCUUGAUGGGGACGAUAAAGCAAAACAAGGAGCUUUACACUAUUCUUUCCAUCUCAUCUAUCAUCUUUUAUCUGUGGUUUCUUUUUCUCCUUGUCCCUUAUGUUAGUCCGCAAGCAUCCGCUUUUAUUUUUCUCCCUCUUUUUUUGUUAUUUGUUAAUGAAGACGAUGUUGAAAAACAUGACACCUCUGGAUCUGGUGAUACGCUUGUGAAUACGGUGGAGUCGGUGGGGGAUCCUCGAUCAAGCGACGAUCAAGUGGAAAAGUCGAAAGCGCGGAAACAAUUUGACGAGUCUCCUGUUCAAGAUGUAUUCACAUGGACAGCAAUGGUGUCAGGAUAUGUGCAAAACCAACUGGUGGAAGAAGCGAGAGGAUUAUUCGAUAAAAUGGCAGAGAGAAACAAAGUAUCGUGGAAUGCAAUGCUUGCAGGAUAUGUGCAGGGUGAGAGAAUGGAGGUGGUGAAAGAGUUGUUCCAUGUUAUGCUGCCUUGUAGAAAUGUUAGUACAUAA